AUCCAAAAAUGUCUCAGAGGAGAAACGUUUAUCUCUAUGGUGUAUUUUAUGCCAAUUUAAAAGUGAUAAACAUUAUGGAUGAAUUAGGGAUGAAUUAAAAUGUUCCCUGGAUGUGUGUACAUGGAGCUCAACCCUCUGUGUUGAAGCAAGAUAAUGUGAGGGAGAUCUGCAGGGCUGAUAGGCCUAACCGCUCUUCACCAGGCUCCUCUGAUAACAGCUGCGUUAGACCGGCCGAGCGUCCACUCACGUCCGUCGUCCUCUCAUGCAGCAGGCUGGGAACCAAACACAGACUCUCUGCCGCCAUGUCGGAAAAGACACCUGUAGGAGCUGGAAAAUCGUGUUUAGUGGGGAAGAAGGAAGACCUCAUAAAGGCCAAACGCACCAGCGUCAGCAUAGCUGACCGGUUCGUGUUUGUCAUUUAUCACCAGGGAGUUUUCUACGCUAUGGACGAACACUGCUACCAUGCAGGUGGAUCUUUGUUGGAUGGAGAUAUUGAGGAAAUCGACAAAAAGCUCUGCAUUGUGUGCCCGAAGCACAAAUACAAGAUCAGCCUGGCGGAUGGCGAGGGUCUUUACAACACCACUAACCCAAAAGACAAAAGCCAGCCGCCUUGCUGGAGGUCCAAAGGCAUCAAGCAACGAGUACACAAGGUGACUGAGGUGGAUGGGGACAUCCACGUGACGCUGUCUGAAGCCCCCGCGUGGAUCGACUCAGACUAUUAUCAGAGUGAGCAGGGUAGAAUGGAUCUGAAGUUAGCGAAGGAAUUAGAAUUGGCUAAAUCAAAGAGCAGCUAAGUUGCCGAAUGCAUGAGGACACACUGUGGGAUAAAAAACAGAUAUUGAAUGCUAGCUAUUUUUUAUUUUUCAUUUUAAAGAUUGUCAGCACUCUUUAAGCAUUACAGUUAUUAUAUAAGAUAUAAAACACGGUGAUGUGUGCUGUUAUAGAAAAACACACUGACAGGAUAGUGUGACGCAGAGGGCCGUUCCCAUCCAGGAGUUGAUUAUUUUCCCAUAACAGCAUGCCCUGAAGUGUUUUAUUCCUCUAUUACCUCAACAAUGCUUAUUUCUAAUGCUAACGUUGGUUUCAAUUAAUGUCUGUGGAAAUAAACCGUCAUUCCUUAACUAGACUCUCUGUUUUUUU